AUGAAUCAAAUAAACAGAAUUGAACCAAUAAAUGUUAAAUUAGAAAUUGAAGGAAAACCUGUAGAGAUGGAAUUGGAUACUGGGGCAUCAGUCUCAAUAAUUUCUGAAUAUGAGUAUAAUAGAAGUUUUAGAGACAUUAAGCUAGAGACAAAUGGGUUGAAACUGCAAUACUAUACAAAGGAAAUGGUAGAUACAUUGGGACAUAUUCGAGUGAACAUUAAACGUAUGUUCUAAAGGGACGAGGGCCUAUGUUUUUAGGUAGAGAGUGGUUAAAAAAUAUGGAUAUUUUAUCAAACUUGUGCUCUAACAAAUGUAAGCAAAUAAAACCAUUAUUCAAUAUAAACCAAAACAAUAAAGGAAGUGAAGUUAUCAAAAGAUUUUCUGAAGUGUUCAGUGAAAAGUUAGGAUUGUAUAAAGGAGAAGAAAUUGAAUUAGCACUAGUAGAAGGAGGGAAACCAAAAUUUUUCCAACCCAGACCUUUACCACUUGUAUUAAAACCUAAAGUAGAAGCAGAAUUAGAACGAUUAGAAAAAGAAGGUAUAAUUAGUAAAGUUAAAUAUAGUUUAUGGGGUACACCCAUAGUACCAGUUAUUAAACCUUCCGGAGAUAUUCGAAUCGGUGGAGAUUAUAAAGUUACAGUUAAUCAAUACUUAAAGUUUGAAAGAGAAAUUGUCCCUAGAAUUGAAGAAUUAUUGGUAGGUAUUAAAACUAAAGGUAAGUUUUCUAUUAUCGAUUUAAGCCAGGCAUACCUUAACUACCUUAACUACCUUAACGGCAUAACUACCGCUUAACCCAAAAUCAAAGGAAUUGACAGCAAUAAGCACCCACAAGGGAGUAUAUAUUUAUAACAGAGUACCUUUUGGUAUAAAUGCAUCGGUAGGCAUUUUUUUUAAACAGAUUUGGUGAAAAAUUAAAACAGAUACCAAACAUAAGAGUGUAUUUUGAUGAAAUACUAAUUUUUGGUGACAGUGAAGAAGAACAUUUUGAAACAUUAACAGAGGUUAUUGACCUGAUUAAGUCUUUAGGUCUAACAGUUAGAAAAGAAAAAUGUUUAUUUUUUGAGAAUCAAAUUAAAUUUUUGGGAUACAUAAUAAAUAGAGAAGGUAGUAAACAGGAUCCCGAGAAAAUUAAAGCCAUAAAUUUAAUGACUUACCCUAAAGAUAAAACGCAACUACAAGCAUUUUUAGGUUCAAUAAAUUAUUAUAGGCAAUACAUACCACAAAUCUCAACGAUUCAAGCACCUCUCUCAAAUUUACUAAAGAAAGAUGUACAGUUUAAUUUUAACAGAAAUUGUCAGUUAGCACUUAAUCAAAUUAAAAGGGAAAUCAUAUCUGAUAGGAUUUUAAAACAUUUUGAUCCAAAUCAGGUGACAAUUCUUACUUGUGAUGCAUCAGUUUAUGGUUUAGGUGUGGUAUUGUCGCAACUAGAUGAUGAAAACAAAGAACACCCUGUGGUGUUUGCUUCAAGAACUCUGAACUCUGCAGAAAAAAAUUACAGUCAAGUUGACAAAGAAGCAUUGGCAAUUAUAUUCGGAGUAAAUAAAUUUAAUAAUUUUUUUUGGGGGGCAAUUUGUCAUUAAGUGUGUUGUCAUUAAUCCAAUUUGUAACAUCAAAUAGAAAUAGUGCAGAUGGGUUAUCCAGAUUGCCAGUGGAUAUAGGAAAAGAAUGUGGUGCUGGAGUGUCAUAUUUACAUUAAGUGGAUGAAAUGAAGGUUUUAAAUGCAAGUUUAGUUCAGAAAGAGACUAAUAAUGAUCCAUUAUUAAGUAAAGUGAAGUAUUAUAUAUCAUACGGUUGGCCAGAAAAAGUCAACAAAGAAUUAGAGGUGUUUAGACAUAAACAAGAACUGCUGAGCUUAGAACAAAAUACUAUAUUGUGGGGACACAGAAUAGUAAUAUCAAAGAGCAUACAAAAUAAAAUUCUGGAGGAGUUACACUAUAAUCACUUAGGGGUGGUUAAAAUGAAAUUGAUUGUGAGAGGUCAUUUAUGGUGGUUAGGCAUCGAUAAAGAUAUUGAAAACAUUGCCAGCAAAUAUGAUGAUUGCAAUAAGGUUAGACCCAUGCCAGGAAAAACAAGAAUACAUACAUGGGAGUGGUCACAAAAUCCUUGGCAAAGACUCCAUGCAGACUUUUUAGGUCCAUUUAAAGGACAGCUAUUUUUAAUUAUAGAGGAUGCAUACUCAAAAUGGCUAGAAGUAUUUAAAGUCCCUGUGAAUGGAGCUCAAUACUCAAUAGAUAUAUUUAGGAACUUGUUUGCAAGAUAUGGGUUACCUGAAUAUCUAGUAACAGAUAAUGGCCCACCUUUUACUUCUGUACAUUUCCAACAGUUUUUAAGGGAUAAUAGAAUAGGUCACAGGACAUCUUCUCCUUACUAUCCCCAAAGCAAUGGACAGGUAGAAAGUGGUGUAAAAAUUAUUAAAACCUUCUUAAAAAAGAUUAAAUUAUGUGACAGUAAUAAGCGAUUAGAUCAAUUUGUAUUUGACUAUAGGAUUGCCACACAUACCACAACCAAAGAAAGUCUGGCUAAGUUAUUGUUAAGUAGGAACCUAUGUUCUAGAUUUGACAUACUCAAGCCUAAUAUUAGAUUAAGUGUCUCUGAUAAUCAGGAAAAACAAUUGGAGGGUAAAACCCUGUUGAGAGAGUUUAAAAUAAAUGAAAUUGUACUAGUGAGGGAAUAUGCAACAAACAUGUGGAUUAGAGAAAAGAUCAAACAAAGAGUAGGUAGUGUAUUGUAUUUAAUCGAACUAGGAAACGGUACAGUACAUAAGAGCAUGACAUACAUAGACCAAUUAAUAAAACUGAAGGAUAUGAAUAAAGCUAAAUAUUUAGAUAAAACUGAAGACUAA